AUGUCCGCCAAGUCCAUCCUCGAGGCCGACGGCAAGGCCAUCCUCAACUACCACCUCACCCGGGCGCCCGUCAUCAAGCCCACUCCCCUCCCCAAGUCGGCCACACACAACCCUCCUCCCAGAUUGGCAUCCCUCUACUUCCCCGAGGAUGCUGACGUGAACGCUGUCUUGGACCAGGCCGAGGUCACCUACCCGUGGCUGCUCCAGGACGGCGCCAAGUUCGUCGCAAAGCCUGAUCAGCUGAUCAAGCGCCGAGGCAAGAGCGGUCUCCUGGCCCUGAACAAGACCUGGCCUGAGGCCAAGGCUUGGGUUGCUGAGCGUGCCAGAAAGGUCCAGCAGGUCGAGCACGUCAAGGGUGUUCUCAGCCAGUUCCUCGUCGAGCCUUUCGUUCCUCACCCCGAGGGCACCGAGUACUACAUCAACAUCAACUCCGUGAGAGAUGGCGACUGGAUUCUCUUCACCCACGAGGGUGGUGUUGAUGUCGGUGAUGUUGAUGCGAAGGCUGAGAAGCUGUUGAUUCCCGUCGAUCUUUCAGAGUUCCCCUCGAAUGAGGAGAUCGCAGCAAACCUGUUGAAGAAGGUUCCCAAGGGUGUUCACAAUGUCCUCGUUGACUUCAUCUCGCGCCUGUACGCCGUCUAUGUCGACUGCCAGUUCACCUACCUUGAGAUCAACCCCUUGGUCGUUAUCCCCAACGCAGACGCCACAUCGGCCGAGGUGCACUUCCUUGACUUGGCCGCCAAGCUUGACCAGACUGCCGACUUCGAGUGUGGUGUGAAGUGGGCUAUUGCUCGUUCGCCUGCUGCCCUGGGUCUUGCCGCUGUUGCCAGCGCUGGAAGCAAGAUCAGCGUCGACGCCGGCCCGCCCAUGGAGUUCCCUGCUCCCUUCGGCCGUGAGCUUUCCAAGGAGGAGGCCUACAUCGCAGAGUUGGAUGCCAAGACCGGUGCAUCGCUCAAGCUCACCGUUCUGAACCCCAACGGCCGUAUCUGGACCCUGGUUGCUGGUGGUGGUGCCUCCGUUGUCUACGCUGACGCCAUUGCGUCGGUUGGUUUCGCUGAUGACCUCGCCAACUACGGUGAAUACUCCGGUGCUCCUACCGAGUCGCAAACUUUCCACUACGCCCGCACCGUUCUGGACCUCAUGCUCCGUGCACCUCACAGCGACAAGGGCAAGGUCCUGUUCAUCGGUGGUGGUAUUGCCAACUUCACCAACGUCGCUUCUACCUUCAAGGGUGUCAUUCGUGCCCUGCGCGAGUACUCGAAGCAGCUUCAAGAGCAAGACGUCAAGGUCUGGGUCCGUCGUGCUGGUCCUAACUACCAGGAGGGUCUCAAGAACAUGAAGGCUGCCACGCAAGAACUGGGUCUUGAUGCCAAGAUCUUCGGCCCUGAGAUGCACGUUUCUGGCAUCGUUCCUCUGGCUCUGCUCCCUGGCAAGUGGGAGGAGGCCCAGAAGCUCGGUCUUCAUGAGUUCCAGGGAUAA